AUGUCGACCGCAGAGAUGUGCUUGUUUAACGUCAAGGACGGGUUUCUAGAGGGCGUCGUCCGAGGGUACAAGCUGGGCUUGCUCACCGCUGCCGACUACAACAAUCUGUCCCAGUGCGAAAAUCUGGAAGAUAUCAAGCUGUAUCUGACCGGGACAGAUUAUGCUCAGUACGUCUCCAACGAGGCGGGGCCCCUGCACACAACGACGCUGGUGGAGUGCUGCACGCGGAAGCUGGUGGACGACUGGGAGUACCUGCGUCAGAAUGCUUCCGAGCCUCUGGGCACCUUCCUGGACUACUGCACCUUUGGCCACAUGAUCGACAACAUCGUCCUGAUUGUGACCGGCACACUACAUGAGCGGGACGUGCAGGCGAGUGGAGGGGAGCUGCUGGACAAGUGCAACCCGCUGGGCGUCUUCGAUGCCAUCGCCACCCUGGCCGUCGCCCAGAACAUGCGCGACCUGUACCGCCUCGUCCUGGUGGACACCCCCCUGGCGCCCUACUUCUCCGGUGCGCUUGAUGAAGGGGUGGGGUACUUGGCGGGAAGCUGUGGGGUGCACGCCAGGCGGCUGACUCAAAAGGUUUCCAGCAAGACCCUCAUGGCACCCUCGGCGCUGGAUGCCUCCAUCCCCACAGGAUACGUCUGA